AUGACCCUGGAUCUUUGCCGCAGCCUGGCGCUUGAAAAAGAUUUGCCAUACUUUGGUCUGGAAGCUGGCCAGGAGUGUUUUGGUGGGAUCGACAUUUUGCGCGUCUUGGUACGACAGCAAAGCACCAGCUGCGAUAUGCCCUGUGCGGGAAACGCUAGGCAGGUUUGUGGCGGCGUCCUGGCGCUCAGCGUGUACGCCACGCAGCCGCAGUCACCACCUCCGCCGCCGCCGCCGCCGUUGUAUCCACACGCGAUGAUCAGCCACGAUCUGGUGGGCUGUUAUUCUGAUGAUGAAACGUACCGGGUUUUGCCGUACUUGCUGGAUGUGUCGUACACCAUGAUGAAUAUGGAGUACUGCCGGCAAAAGGCUUUAGCUGAAGGGCUUACUUUGUACGGCAUGGAAUCGGGUCGUGAAUGCUGGGCUGGGCUUGACGCCGCGCGCGCAAGGUCCCUCGGCCCGAGCUCCGAUUGCAACACGCCAUGCACCGGCAGCAGCAGCAGCAGCAGCGAUGCGAUGUGCGGAGGGGAUGGAGCCAUCCUCAUUUUCGCCUUGGCGCCGUACGUUUGGCCGCCAUCGAUGCUGCCGCUUCCGAUCUACAAUGUCCCGAUCUACAACUCACCGCCACCGGUGUACGGGCCGUACUCGCCAAACCCGGCUUAUCCGCCAAACCCGGCUUAUCCGCCAAACCCGGCUUAUCCGCCGAACCCGUCGCACCCGUCGUACCCGCCUUCACCGCCCUUGGUUGAGGUGGACAACCUGCUACCUGAGCGGCUCCGCCCGGGUGCCGCGUACUUUGACGCUUCCUUCGGCGUGUCGGUUUACUCAGAUCCGUACUACGAGGACGACAUCGCAAUGGCCUGGGAGGAAGUUGAGAUUCCGCAACGUGCGUCACAGGGCAACACGUUUUUGCUCCAGGGAGACUGCAGCUUGACGUCGCCACCGGCGACGUCGUCCGGCGAGUCCGCUGCAAUUCGAUUUGGCGGGUCGUCUUGUUUUGGGGUUUUUGUUAAUGGGUUGUUGCCUAAUUGGGACACGUCGCCCACCAGCGCCUUCUCCAUCGUUUGGAUUGGCCGUUUUGAUAACAGCAAGCGCGGCACGGAGGAGCAAACAUACGUCACGUUUAGUCGAACAGGAGUUGACUACGACCGUGAGCUGUACUGGACGGACGAGCAAGCGUUCAUCUACUCGUACGCCAAGGGCUUUAGCUUUGACCUGGUCACACCCAGACCAGCCGCGGAACAGUGGACGAUGCAGGUGCUCUCCCGCCGUCCAGACGGGAAGGGCGACGUGGUGAUGUCGUACUCGUCGUACAACAUGUCGGGCGUGAUGAGCACUUGGACGCUACCUGGCGGCGCGUGUGAGGUGGCGUCUGAUCACCUCGUGAUUGGCAAGGAUUUUCGCGACGGAAACAAGUUCUUUGGGGGAGAUUUGGCGAUCUUUCUGGUGUACAACAGAUUCUUGGACGAGGGGGAGCUUCAAGGGCUGGUUGAGUUUUAUGCUCCGCGCUUUGCCUGGCCCACGAACCCUAAGUAG